AUGCUCUACUCCGAAGGCAACCGUCUAAUAUAUCGCUACGAUGCCGAAGAACUCUGGAUUGAUUCCUGGGGACCAAAUGCAUUCCGAAUCCGUUCUACCAAAGAAUCUCAAUAUCCCGAUCCCUCUGAACUCUGGGCGCUCCAAGAAAUCGACUCGCCAACACCAACUAUCAAAAUCGAAGACAAAUCAGCAUCAAUCACUAAUGGAUCCAUCCGUGCAACAGUUUCCUCUCGAGGGAAGAUAAUCAUCUACAACGGCGAGGGCAAAAUUCUCCUCGAAGAAUACGCCCGUCAUCGUCUCGACGUCACCGACCCCAAAUGUUCCGCCAUAAAUGUCGAAGCCCGGGAAUUCAAGCCCAAUCCCGGCGGCAGCUCAACGCAUCAUCUAACCCAACGCUUCGAAUCGCAAGACAAGCACGAAAAGAUAUUCGGCAUGGGACAAUACCAGCAACCGUAUCUCGAUCUCAAGGGUCUCGAUCUCGAGCUCGCGCAUCGUAAUUCCCAAGCCAGCGUCCCCUUUGCCAUCUCCUCUCUUGGCUACGGAUUCCUCUGGAACAAUCCCGCAAUCGGACGCGCGGUGUUUGGAAAAAAUAUCAUGAGCUUCGAAGCCUAUUCUACUUCUUUUCUCGACUACUGGGUUGUGGCUGGUGCUUCCCCGGCGGAAAUCGUACAUCGCUAUUCAGACGUCACGGGAAAGGUUCCCAUGAUGCCCGAGUACGGACUGGGGUUUUGGCAAUGCAAAUUGCGCUAUCAGACGCAGGAAGAACUCUUGCAAGUAGCGCGUGAAUACAAGAAGAGAGAGUUACCGAUUGAUCUUAUCGUGAUUGAUUUCUUUCACUGGCCGCGUCAGGGAGAUUGGAGAUUUGAUGAGAAUUUUUGGCCGGAUCCGGAUGCGAUGAUUGGGGAAUUGAAGGAGAUGGGGAUUGAACUCAUGGUGUCGAUUUGGCCGACGGUGGAUACGCGGUCGGAGAAUUUCGAAGAGAUGCUGGAGAAAGGUUAUUUGGUAAGGACUGAUCGGGGCAUUAGGAUUGUGAUGGAUUUUGAAGGCGAUACGAUUCAUUUCGAUGCAACGAAUCCGGGGGCGAGGAAAUUUAUCUGGGAACAAGCGAAGAAGAAUUAUUAUGAGAAGGGAAUUAAGGUUUUUUGGUUAGAUGAAGCGGAACCCGAAUAUACAGCCUACGAUUUCGACAACUAUCGCUACCAUCGAGGCACCAACCUCUCAAUCGGCAACACCUACCCCGUCGAAUAUGCCCGGGCCUUCUACGAGGGCAUGUCCGCCUCGGGGCAAACCAACAUCGUGAAUCUUCUCCGCUGCGCAUGGGCCGGGUCUCAAAAAUACGGCGCGCUGGUCUGGAGCGGCGACAUAGCUUCCUCGUGGUCUUCAUUUCGCAAUCAGCUUACUGCUGGAUUAAAUAUGGGACUUGCGGGAAUCCCAUGGUGGACGACUGAUAUUGGGGGUUUUCAUGGAGGAGAUCCAACGGAUCCGGCUUUUAGGGAACUAUUUGUACGAUGGUUUCAAUGGGGAACGUUUUGUCCGGUUAUGAGGUUACAUGGGGAUCGGGAACCUAAACAGCCACAGGUGGGAGAGGGAGGUGGAUCAACAUGUUUGAGUGGUGCGGAUAAUGAGGUUUGGUCUUAUGGGGAAGAGGUUUAUGGAAUUUGUAAGAAAUACAUGAUGAUUCGAGAAGAGAUGAGGGAUUAUACUCGGGGGUUGAUGAAAGAGGCUAGUAAAAAGGGAAGUCCAGUUAUGAGAACUCUAUUUUAUGAGUUCCCGGAGGAUAAGAAAUGCUGGGAAAUCGAGGAACAAUAUAUGUUUGGGCCAAAGUAUUUGGUUUGUCCUGUGUUUGAGGCUGGGGCAAAGAAUAUCAGGGUUUAUCUUCCAGCGGGAACAUCUUGGUCUCUGGUUGGUCAAGAGACAGAUAAAUCUUGGGAGGGAGGGCAUGAGAUUGAAGUCACUUGUUCCAUUUACACUAUACCUGUAUUCACUAGACAAGAUUAG